AUGGCCAACCGGAUCUCAACACAAUACUAACCGUAUUAAACCAACUUCAGUUAGACAACCAAACCCUUCACCAAGAAAACGCAGAACUUAGAGAUGCUCUUAAUCAAUUUCGCAUCCAAGGAGUUGACAAUAAAUAUAAGGAGCCCAAACCAAACUGUUAUCCUGAUGAUCGUACACAGGUGGGCCUCCUUGGAAGCUUGUUAACUGGAUCAGCUUUAGCUUGGUUCGCACCUUUGUUGGAAAAGCAAUCUAAGCUUCUAGAAGACUUCGGGGAACUGGUCAAAGAGUUUGAGGCAACGUUUGGCGACGCUGACAAACAGAUUGCUAGUGACCUGGACUGGGGUGAAGCAGCACUGGUCGACCAGUUCAGAACCGGGGGAGCCCCAGCUGUAGUAAGGAGGCUACGGCUGGAUCAAGACAUUAGCUUAAACCCCAAAAUACUAUCAUCCUAUUCGUCUAAUGCCCUUACUCCUAAACUGAGUUUACACUUACCGGGCGGCUCCGAGGUUAAAAUAGUAGCUUUAGUCGACUCUGGUGCCUCUGCUUGUUUUCUAGACACUACUUUCGCUCAAGAAUGUAACAUACCCAUUUACAAAAAAGAACUACCAUUUUCAGUAGAAGUGAUCGAUGGCAGGAAAAUCUCUUCUGGGAAUGUUACUCAUGAAACGGGACCCUUACUCGUAUACCUCCAAGGCCACUAUGAAAACAUGUUGUUUAAUCUUAUUUUAUCACCUAUUAUUUAA